AUGCAGGAUCGACAGGCUGACAGGGUGACCAGUCCACCCAAGAGCGCACGAGUCGAGGAUGGCAAGAUUCGGAAGAUAAGGUCAGCCACCAGGAGCGAUUCCACGGCGAUUCAACAUUUCAACGGCAAGACAUACGCCUGCGAAUCGUGUAAGAGGGGCCACCGAGUGCAGAAAUGUGACCAUGGCAGGACCAGACCGAUUUCCGAGACAAACCAGCCAGGAAGACCCUCGGGUGGGCAGAAGCGAGGCUGUCGCUGUCCGAGGAACUGCGCCUGCACGACGAAGACCUGCAAAUGUGAACGAGAUUGUGCCUGCACCCAGGAAAUGUACCUCAUUGUGCGAGUCGACGGCCCUCAAACCAUCAAACGAGAAGCAACAUCCACCCCACGUCCCGUCUGGGAGGACGACAAGGGCAAUACUCUGACUCUCAAGAAAGUAUGGGCAGACGCGAAUGGCCGCCAGAUUGACGAUGAGGAGUAUCAGAAACGGCGACUGCGCAUGAAGGAGCGAGAAGAAGGCAUCUCAAAGACCCCGGAAGUUUCCAAGUCCAGUUGCUGCAGUUCCAAAAAAGCCAAAGAAGAGGAGCAACCCGCCGAUGGUACAUCGAAGACGACUUCAGGAGGCUGUCGACAUCGAGAGAAUGUUGCCGUUUCUCGGCCUUCAAUAGAAAGGCAGCCCUCAGCACCCACGCCGCAAAGUAACAGUAUGUCCAACGAUUCCUGGGUUGCCGCUUGUUCUUGUGGAUCCGGUUGCUCCUGUCUCUACUGCCCCGACCAUCCAAACAAUGCCACCUCCAUCAAGCAUACACAACAACAGGUCAAAAAUCUGGCAGAACAGGCGUUUGUCGGAGACGGCUUGAUGCCUGCAUCCUUUGUCCCGGAAAGCACCCCACAGUCGUGCAUGGGAGGGCGCCCAACAUUUUUUCUUUCAAAGACACCUGGGAUGUCACAACAACAGCUCGCUCAAUUCUUUUCAGAGAACUCAGAACCCGGCGCAAUAUACCUGACCUAUCCUAUCCAACAACACUCCUGGACCAAUCAGCCCGCCAGUGCGCACUGCUCUCACGUACAAUCUCCUUCUGGCACGGGCGCUGUUGCUACCCCGGAUCCAACAGAACCCUUCGCUGAACCUCUAGAGGACAUGCCAACAGUACCUGCUGCUUGGGACCUCCUGCCUGACGAUCCCAGUGGGACGUGGAACUUCUCGGAUGGCCAGUUGGGAAAUACCUCAUUCAGCUGGACCGACCUCGAUGCAUCGUAUGGAACGGAUUAUAGCAUUGGUCAAGCCACCGUUGCGUCAAUGACAGGCCAGAACAGCAACCCUGGGCCUUUGCCGAAUACUCCGUUUCAUCACUUUCCAACUCCCAGUCCGAACAUGGAUGCUUUGGCUAGCCACACCCCCUUGGCCGAUUUUUCUACCGUCAACCCUGGCGGCUUUGGUGGCUGUUGCGGCCACUCAGCCUUGCAAGACGAGUACCCUAAUUUCGACAUGAGCGCCACACCAGGUCCUGUACAUGAGCAGAUGCAUCGACCGGGUUCGGCUGUGAUUCCUGGCUUUGCGCCACACCAGUCGUACACUAUGCAGACACCGGUCAAUCCUCCUUCAACUAUGCCGCCCCUACUGGAUCGCCAACCGCAACUCUUUCACCCGGCUUUGCUUCCUCAGCAGCUUGACGUCGUCCCCGUGAGCAACACUAACGGUGACCUGAAGCUAUGGAACGGAUAUGAUCCGUUAGUGGAUGAACCGCUGAGAACCGAGUUCAAGAGUUUGCCGAUUCCGAACUCGCCGCCCAUUGCCAAUGGGGCAUGA